UCAUAGCUUCAUCACACCCUCUCACAGGUGCUCUCACUUUGCAGGGACACCUGAACAGAGAAGGAGGAUCUUUACUGACAGCUUUGUUGGAAAAUCCGUGGACUCAGUAUUUCAGUUUAGUUCUGUCAUCACACGGAGAGCCAGCAUGUCGAUGGGCCUGGAGAUCGUGGGCAUUGCCCUUGGAGUCAUUGGUUUUAUCUUAGCAAUAGUGACAUGCGUUCUGCCAAUGUGGAGGGUGACGGCUUUCAUCCAUACCAACAUCAUCACCGCUCAGACCAUCACGGAGGGCCUGUGGAUGAACUGUGUGACCCAGAGCACGGGUCAGAUGCAGUGCAAGAUGUACGACUCCAUGCUGGCCCUGGCUCAGGAGCUGCAGGCCUCCCGGGCCAUGAUGAUCAUCGCCAUCAUACUCGGGAUUCUCGGGGUCUUGAUCUCCAUCGUUGGCGCCAAGUGCACCAACUGCAUCGAAGGCGAGGGAGCCCAGGCCAAAGUGAGGAUCAUCGCUGGAAUCUUCUUUGUCCUGGGUGGCCUUCUGGUCCUCAUCCCCGUCUCCUGGUCAGCCAGCGUCAUCAUCCGUGAUUUCUACAACCCCCUCCUGACCAGCACACAGAAGAGGGAGAUUGGGGCCUCGCUCUACAUCGGCUGGGGCGCGGCCGCCUUGCUCCUGAUUGGCGGGGCAUUGCUUUGCAGCAGCUGCCCACCGAGAGAGAAGAAGUACAAGCCACCCAGGAUGGCGUACUCCGCACCACGCACCACCAGUGCAGGAGGAGGGUAUGACAGGAAAGACUAUGUUUGAACAGAAGUGCCUGACAGAUAGAUGUGGAAAGUAGGAUCAUUUUUUGUUGCACAUGAGUGUUUUUGUUGGUCUUUGUUGUAUUUUUGUGUUUGAAACUACAGGGUAAACCCCUGCAAAAAGACUCCGCGAUGAAGAAGUGUGUACAAAUGUUGAUCAUAGUGCUUUGAUUGGUUCAUUUACAUAACCUGUUCUCUGCUUUAAUCCAGCAGUGUUUGAGGCUUCAGUACUGACACAUUAAAGCCUGUCAUCCAGUAAAAUAUAACUUUAUGCUUGGGACAUUUUAAACUGCAUCCCUCUGACAACAUGUUCUUAUAUUGAAGCUAAAGGGGCAUUAUGUGAAUCUGAAAACACCUGCUUGCUUUUUGUGUGUGUGUGUGUGUGUGUCAUUAGCUGUAGGCCUGCUGGUGUUGUAUUUCACUGAAACCUACAGUUAAAAUAGUGUGUGUGUGACUGGCAAUGACAAAGAAAAGCCAGCUCUCAUUUUACAUGGAUUUGGUGGUGUAUUUGUUCAGUUUGUGUGUGUGUGUGUGUGUGUGUGUGUGUGUGUGUGUGUGUGUGUG